AGAGGGAGCCGAAUCGAGGUACUCAGCAUCAUGAGCCAUUCCUGGUGACUAUUUGAUCUUUUGCUUCUUCUCUCGCUCUUCUCUCUGUGGUUUAAUUCAGAUUGAGUUCUUGCAGCACUGCAUUGCUAACUUACGAGGAAGAAAAAGACAGAAAAACGAAAAGCAAAGGAGACAAAACGAAGAAGGCAGGGAAGGGAAAGUACAGCUGAUUGAAACCAGGCCUCAGGGAGUCCAGAACCCAUGGGAAGUGCAGGCAAAGACCAGGCAAGAAACAAGUCCUCUCAGAAGCUUGCGUCGGCAGGUGUGGAGUUGUGUAAGCUAAAGAGCAGAAACUAUAGUCAGCCUAGUACCAUUGACCAUAUGAUUACCACAAGAAGGCUACCUUCGGAAAAACCUGUCCACAUUUCCUUAAAUCUUGAUGGAUUGACGGAGCUGAAUAUCCCUGAUGAUUUUAUACCAAGUGUUUAUCUGCAACUUGAUCAGCAUCUACAGCCUCUGCAGCCAUGUCUCAGCUCCAAGGAGUCCAUGCUGGUAUUCGAGCAGCACUGCAGGCUAGCUGAGGAGUACUACAAAGUCCGGAAUGAAAUUGCGCUCCUGCAAGAAAGAAAAAAGCAACUGAUUGCAGAACUUGAUCAAGAUGAAAAGGAUCAGAUGAACGCUUCCCAUCUAAUGCAAGAAUACCAACAAGUCUCUGAAGACAAUCAGUCAUUGACAACCUACCAUUUACAGUGCAGAGAACAUCUAGAGAAACUUCGGGUAUUACUGCAACAACAGCCAGGAUCUUCCUGACUCUAGGCAUGUGGUCCUGUAUUUUAUUUAUGGCAAACACAAUGCUGGAAUAGCUGUGGAAUCUUCUUUGCAGAUUCACGGAAACAAAUUCGAGAAAUUUGCAAUGAGGAGAAAAGAAGCCAUUUUGGUCGUUCACUGACUAACUAUGAAGUGAUUUGCAGCAUUGCUGCAUUCGACAUGAGCUUGCCUUUUUAAUGUGUAUCCAGUAUGUAGCAAGACUUGAAAUUGCUAGCAUGAAAGAGUACAACAUGGAAAGAAAUUUAGAUCCUAAGCGGUCAUAACAAUGCAAGUUUUCAUAUAAUACACCUACAUCCUUCAGUGAAAUCAAUUAAAACACGGAUGAUCAUUUUUUUAAACAUUUGUACAAUAAUCAUCAAGUAAAUGCUUGUAUGCUGCUCAUCAGGAUAUAUUGUAUUUACCAUACUCUGAAGUACAAAUUAUAAUCUAUAGAAAAAUCAGAUUAUCUUAAAAAUACAGUGCAUGCAGAGGACUUAAAGAUGCUUGCUAGAGUGACAGAGCCAGAGUUUGAAACCUUUGAAAGUAUUCUGAGAUGUGUCUGUUUUCAUUUUCAGUGCAGAAUGGGUUACCAUACAGCCUUUUUGUAUAAUAUAAACUAUGCGCCAUUACCCUGCUGUUCAACUCAAUAUGCUAAUGUCAAAAAAAGAGUGUGAAUGCAGAGUUUGCUAAUGUGGAUCCCACCCAAAGACUUACAAUCAUUUUGUUAUGUGUUUAUGAAGAUUGUUGGUGUUCAUGAUCAGAGGAGUAGUAGACCCCAUCAUUUUAUGAAGGUGAUAAUUUAAUUGUUGGUGUUCCUAAUAAUCUGAAUAAUUUGGAAGGAGAAUAAUUCACUUCUUCAUUCAGGUGAUCUCACUUGAUUAUCUCCUCACGUCUGCUUGUUCUCCAUCUCUGCUCCCACCUCUUGCUCACUUUGCUGUCUCAGUUCCCACCUCCAACUUUCCUUCCAGUUUCAGCUCCCGACUGCUGCUCAUUCCCGACUUGGCUCCACUCUUGCUCAUUCCUGCCUCUUGCUCCCUUGCCUGAUUCAACUCCUGCCUCUCACUCCCCUUCCUAAUUCAGUUUCAUGCUCACUUACCCAAUUUAGCUCCUCGUCAUGUUUACCAUUGAAAUUGAAUGCCUUUGCUAGAUGUUCAAAUCUGUUAAUUAUCAAUUUGAUACGGUUAAGAUCAAAAUGAAAGACACAAAUCUUAAAUUAUCAUUGUGUGAAUAUCUGAAUCACACAGGGUUUAAGCCUAUUUGCAUGUCUAACCUUUACCUAAAAGUGUGUACUUAAUCCAUUGCUUUUAUUUCUUCUGCUAUGUUGAGAACUAAUGGUUAGUUAUUUGGAAUGCUGGGUGGCAGGACUGUAUCUGAAUAUAGAACAUCCAACAUGGGAGUAAGGUUAUUAAGAGAUAACCUUAAUUAUCUAUUUGUUACAAUAAUGCUUUGAGAUAAGUCCCUUCCAUUGUGGACGAUUGAGGUUUCAUGGUAUAAUUUUUUAACAUUUAUUUUUCACCAGUUUAUGUUUCUAGUCUUUCUUCAUCUGUAAUAGUAUUUCUCUGUUUUUUAAAAAAAGGUUUUAUUGGUUUUGCACUGUUCAUUAAUUCAGCUUUACAAUACACGCAGUGUUCAGAGUGUAUGGAAAUCCUCUGUAGAUGUUAAGUAAUGGAAGUGUGUUCUCAAAGUUGCAAUAACAUGUAAGUAUUCAAAGGAUCAAUACAAAAUCUAGAAAGUUGUUUCCAGAGGUCAUAUCAUAACUGUAUCAUUAUUUGAAAUGGUUGUACAGCCUAUAAUUCUAAUAAAACUUGUGGUGACAUGA